GUUGCGUAGUUACGUUUUUAGACGUCUGGGUUUCGGUGUAGGCAGCGUUUUGUGCAAGGCGGCUACACAGCACACGAGGAGAGAAGAUGAGUAAAGCGCACCCGCCUGAGCUAAAGAAGUUCAUGGACAAGAAGUUGUCCUUGAAAUUAAAUGGUGGAAGGCAUGUCCAAGGCAUCUUACGUGGAUUUGACCCCUUCAUGAACUUGGUGGUAGAUGAAAGCACAGAGGUGGCACCAAGUGGACACCAAAACAACAUUGGCAUGGUGGUUAUACGAGGAAACAGUAUCAUAAUGUUAGAAGCUUUGGAACGUGUAUAGAAGCCUAAGAGAAUGCAGCUGAGAUGACCAACCCCUACCAGAAGCCCCUCUGUUUAAAUUGUGUAUUAGAAAAAUGUGACUUUCAAUUGCAAAAUAUUUUGUUUUGUUUUUUUGUAUUAAAAACUUUUCGUUAGUUUA